UUGACAGGUAGGGGCGGAGCAGAGCGCAAGAAGGAGGAGGUCAGAAGCAGAAGUGCAGAGGCAGAGAUUACAUUGAAUUUCCUGCGCCCCCCCCCCAUACUGGUUUUGUUUUGGAAACGGAGAGAAAGAACUUUGUUCCUGACUGACCGAUGGUAAAUGCUCGUGUCUCGAAGGCUCCCCUCUACGAAUGAUCAGGACAGAGAGAAUGUUGUGAAACCCUUGUAUGGCGCGUCCCUGAAUGUCCACUAGGUGGAGGCACUUUGCUGUAGUCCCAGUUCCCAGUAUCUUUCUCAAGUGAAAAGGCCAAAUUUGCUGGAUUGCGACAGCCAUGGCGUCUGCUGAGCUGAGAGACAAGGGAAAGUGCACCCUCUGCUUGGACAAGUAUUCGGAUCCAGUAGAACUGCCAUGUGGAGACCUAUUUUGCCGAACCUGCAUUUCGGGGGUGCUGGAUACCCAGAAGGGAUGUAAGGCUUAUACCUGCCCUGCAUGCAAAGCAACGUACAAGGAGCGCCCAGCCCUGCAGACAAAUAAGAUACCAAGUAUCCAAACAGCCUCGUUGCCUUCAACUCAACCAGAGCAGGACACGACCGGGAUCUUCUGUACUUACUGUACCAACUCCCCUGUACCUGCUGCCAAGUCCUGUCACCUGUGUGAGGCUUCUCUGUGUGAUACCCACCUUGCUGCCCACAGUAAAUCACCACAACAUGUCUUAACUGAGCCCACACUUACAUUUCUAAACAAACUAUGUCCAAUACACAAGAAACCCUUGGAGUUGUACUGCUGCAAUGAUGUUGUCUGUAUCUGUGAAUCUUGCUGCCAUGUUGGGGGGCACAAGGGGCACAACAUAAGGACACUCAAAGAAGCCUCUGAGAAGAAGAAGGAGAAACUUCAGCGUCUUCUGGAGCAGGUGAAGCCAAAGGUAGAAGCAGCUGAUAAAAGACUUCAGAGGGAAAAGGAUCACCGGAGAGAUAUGGAGGAGAAAUCAGACAGUGAUACAAAGCAAGUAAUCACCUUGUUCAGGGACAUGAGGGAACAGUUGGACACCCUAGAGAGUAACAUCCUACUUGAAAUCUCCAAUCACAAAGAGGAGGUUUCUCGCCACCACUCUAAGGUAAUUGAGAAACUGGAAACGGAGAACAACGAGGUGUCCAAUCAGAUCCACCACAUUGAGGAGCUGUGCAACAUUGCCGAUCCACUGAACUUCUUACAGCAAUUAAAAUCAGAAGGGAUGGAUUCUUGUGACCCAGAAGAUGAUGAGAAUGAAAGAACUGUUCCUAUAUUUCUGCUUUCAACUUACAUUCUUGUAGGAACAUUACUGGCCAUGGAAGCUUUAUUAAGCCCCAGGUAUGUUAGGAGCAUUGUUCAAGAAGAUACUAAGAUGUGCUCACAUGGCCGACUGGAUGAGGAUCUGAUCUCAGGCACCUUACUCACGGGUUUAGCCAAUAUUAUGGCAAAUAUAAAGAGAAAGAUUAGUUGGGAGAAGGCUACAGACAUGUUGCUGGAUAUAGACACAGCUGCCAAUAACGUUUCCCUAUCUUGGAGUAGGAAAAAACUAUCCUUCUCAUCAAAUAACAAAGGGCGCCCCAAAACACCGCAGAGAUUUAAGCUCUUCCAGGUUUUAAGCAGGGGCAGCUUCUCCUUAGGGCACCAUUACUGGGAAUUGGCGGUUAGUGGAUCAGGGUGCUGGAGGGUAGGGGUGGCUUAUAACAGUAUAGAAAAGAAAGGAGAAAAGUCUUAUUUGGGAAAUAAUGAGAAGUCCUGGUGUUUGUGCAGGGAGAAUAACACAUAUUCAGUCAUACACAACAGCCAACAAACCAACUUACACCACAAACCAUUAAACACCAGAAUCAGGAUCACGUUGGACUAUGAGGCCGGACGUCUGUCCUUUUAUGAACUGAGUGACCCAUUGAGACACUUACACACCUUCACUGCCUCCUUCACUGAGCCCCUCCAUGCUGCAUUCUAUGUAGACAAGAGCUGUAGCGUGAAAAUUAUUAGCUAAGGAACCCUGCUUUAACUACUCCUUUGCCUACUUCAUUGCCUACUGAUUUGUCUACUGGGAAACCCAUGAAAAUAAUUCCAUUUUUAUACUAUGCCUUAAGGCAGUGAUCCCCAACCAGUAGCUCGUGAGCAACAUGUUGC